GGAAGUUAAAGUAAGUCAGUCACAGUCAGUGUGAUAAUAUUUUCAGUGUCAGUUUGAGUCCCACAAAUAUCAGAGAUGAAAUGGUUUAAGACUGCUGUGGACAUUGCCAAUAAACAGACAAGCAUGGGGUUAGGGCUGGUGGCCCUGACAGCUGGGGGGGAGCAGAUCUUUUCCACAGUGGCCUUCAGCUGUCCCUGCAACCAACUCAACUUCCUCUACGGCUUAGUGUUCCUGCUUGUGCCCGCGCUGGCUCUGCUGCUGUUGGGGUUCAUCCUCAGUGAGAGGACGUGGAAGGUACUGACGGGCAUGUGUCGGGAGCCGCGCCGCUGGAGGAGGCUGGUCACCGCCGGCUCGGUCCUGUGCCGGGUCAGCUGGAUCGCACUGGUGGCCCCCUGCAGCUGGAUAGCCAUGGCUCUGCUCAACGGGAAGUACUAUGAGUGUGCGAUGACCGGGACCAAUGUGACCGCUUACAACAAGCACCUGUGUGGAGACAAGAGUUUGGACCAGUGUCAGCUGGAGCUGAGCAGCUUGCCCUGCUUGGGGCCGAAGGAGGACCGACAGCGGGUCCUGAUCACUCUCAGAGCCGAUUCCCAGAUUCUGGGAUGGCUGCUCAUCGCCUCCAUCAUGUUGUCCAACCUGCUAAUGAUCUGCAUGGCUCGGUGCACCUCCCCCAUCAGCUACCUGCAGCUCAAGUUCUGGAGAACGUAUGUUCAAGAGGAGAGCAACCUGAUGGAUUCAUACAGCUCUAAACACGCCAAAGAGCUCGCUGAGAGGAACCUGAAGAGCUUCUUCAACCAUCAACCGCCUGAAAACAUCAGCACACCUUCCAACAGGGCCUGGAAGAAGAUCUCCUCACUCUACAAGUUCAGCACCAAAGACCAUUACUACAGCACCAUUCACCGAUAUGUGGAGGAAAGUUGUGACGAUGACAUGAUGAGGAUCGCUUCGGUCAAGUCCAACGGGACUGCUGACAACAUCCCAGCUGCUCUUGAUUUUGUAGACGAUGUCAGGAUGGCAUAGUGACAAACACCUCUAUCACCAAGAUAGUCAUCAUCAACAUCUCCAUCAUCACCACUAUCAUCAUCAUCAUCAGCAGCAGCAUCAUCAUCAGGGAACGUGAAUGUUUCAUCCACAUUUAUAAAAAACCCAAAUUGUUGAGAACAAUAAGGACACCUGGUUUUAAGUCAAACUCAAUAAAGGAAUAUGCUAUA